GGGUGUCCGGGCGCGGGGCCGGGGCUCGGGGUUCAGACGCGCGGCUGCUAGGAGCUCACGCCCCUUUACUGCUCGCCUGUUAGGCGGCGUCUGGGGAAGCCGAGCCCGGGGCGUGGGGAGCUGCAGUCCCCGAGCCCGAAGCCCCCGCCGCGCCGGGCUGUGACCCGCCCUGCAGAGCAGCGGCCCCCUCACGCCCACCUGUGCGCGCUUUGAGGGGUGCAUCUGAAAGUGCAGGCGGGCCCCCCUCGCCCCCCACCCCCGGCCCGUGGGGCUCCCGGCAGAGGGCGCGGCUCCCGGGCAGCGGGUGUGGACCGGGUCCCCGCGCGGGGCGGGCCGGAGCCUUCCGGGUCUCCCGCCCCCUCGGGCCGGUCCCUCGGCGCCCCGGGUCGCGGCCUGCAGGCGGCCGGGCCAUGGGCAGCGGGAGCAGCCGGAGCGGCCGGGCCCUGCAGCGGCUGCGCGGCUCCGACCGUCGCCCUGCGGGGCGCAGCGGGGCGGCUCCCGAGGCCGGGACGGGCCCCGACGAGGCCCCGGGUGGGGCCACGGCGGCCGGCGGCGACCCCGGCCCCGCGGCCGCCCCCGAGAGCGGCGACGACACGCUGCGCCUGCUGGACCAGCUGCUGGCCGAGUCGGCCGCCUGGGGCUCCGGGGAGCCCACCCCGCGCCGACCGGCGCGACCCCCAGCCGCCGCGGGCGCCGGGAGCCGGGUGACCCCAGAAGACGGCCCGGGGAGUGGCAGUGUGCGAGUGCUCCAAAGCCCAGGCGGCAGCCAGGAGGGUCCCGAGAGGCAGCUGGCUGUCUUGUACGACUGCUCAGAAGAGGAGCUGAUGGCGAGCAUCGAAAGGGAGUACGGCAGCUGAGGCCGCGGUCCCCGCCCUGCCCGAGAAGGGGCCUCCGGAGCCUGGAGAAGGCCUACGCUCUCUCUACCUGGCCCUCUGCAGAAUGCAGCCUGGAACCAGAAGGCUGGGGGCUUCUUAUGUGCUUCUGGAGGUUUCUAUUUGGGGCCACGCUUGGCAGUGCUCAGCAGCUACGCCUGGCUCGUCUGUGGGGGUGCCACACGUGGUGCGCGGAUUGAACCCUCCUGCAGGCAGGGUGUUCUCUCUGGCCCUUGAAGCUAUCUCCCCAGCCCCCAUUUUUUUUUUUUUUUCAAACAGCAGAUGGAGCAGUGGAGCCUGACUCAGAGCCUGCCAAAGGCUCGGCGCCUUCUCAUCCAAGCCCGGACCAUUUCUGUGAACAGAAAAAUGAAAGCUUUUUUUUUUUUUUCUAUUUUCCUAAGAACUUUUGUAAAAAAUAAAAUUGUAUU